AUGGCAGAAAAUAAAAACCUAGACACUGCUGUUUACUCAUGGUUCAUGCAGAUACGUGCUCAAGCUCAAGCAGUAAAUGGUCCUUUGAUUUGCGAAAAGGCAUUAGAAAUGAACAGAAAGCUUGGGGGUAACAAUGAUUUUAAAGCAUCUACUGGUUGCCUCAAAAGAUUCAAGUCUAGGCACGGAAUUGGAGGACUAGAUAUUCAAGGGAAAAAGCUGUCAGCUGACAUUGAAGCUGCUAAAAAGUUCAAAGAAAAUUUUAAGAGUUUGCUUGUAAAGCAGUGUUAUAAGGACAGUAGCGUCUACAAUGCAGACGAAACUGGGUUAUACUGGAAGAGAAUGCUGACCAAAUCACUUGUCUCUAAAAAAGAAAGCGCAGCGCCUGGAUUCAAAGAUGCUGUUUACAUGGCAGAAGCGUGGGCUAAUGUCAAAGCGACUACUCUAAAGAAAUCCUGGAAUAAGCUUUGUCCAGCAGUUGAAUCCGAAGCUAGCCCUACAUCCGAAGAACCAACAAAUGAAAACUUUGUUUCAGAAAUGGUUGAGUUGAUAAAAGAGGUUUUAGGAUUUGAAGAAUGUGACCAAGAAAACGUGCAUGAAUGGCUAGAAUUUGACGAGGAUGAUCCUGGCUACGAAUUGUUUACAGACGACGAUAUAAUAGCACAGGUUUAA